AAACAUGUUGAAGGAAGAGCGACAGAUUCAUUUGUGCCUUCAGUGAUCAUGGAAGUCUUUCAAACCAGGGUCCCGCAGCUCAAUAUGUGUGUGAUCGUUACCUUGCUGACAUAUUUAGAUUAUUCCAUAUCCAAUCAAGAGGCAAAGAUUAAGCAGCAUAUCAGCAAGACAGUGUUUGUAGGGAACACAGUUACACUUCACUGCAACAAAACAACAUUAGAUGAUGAUUUCACAUGGGGAAUGAACAACUCUGCUAUUUUUAGACAGUUUUCUAACAGAACUCAAACAAACUUCAGCUCAAACAGGAUUCACAUCGACCCAGUAGCUCCAAGAGAAUUAAAAAUACAGCAAAUACAAGCAUCUGAUGCAGGAAACUACACCUGUUAUCCAGCAGGAAUAAGAUGGAUAUUAACAACAGAAAACCAGCCAAGACCAGACGUACCCCAAGAAAAUGCCUACAUCAUCAUCAUCAUCGUCGCAUCCUCUGGAGUCACUAUAGUCUGUCUCAUAACCACUAUCUACAUCUGCAAACACAGGAGAUGUAAAAACAACAUAGAGAGUGAACAACAGGAUCACAGAGAAACGUCACAGGCACCAUCCAGAGGAAGGAUACAGACUCAAAGAAGUCAGUACUUUGAGAGAUACAACUCAGUGUAUGGGCAAAUAUGAUGUAAUUCUUUGUGUUUGUUUAGUUUUUCAAAGUUGGUUUCUGAGAUUAAAACCAUGCAGGGACUUUUUCUAGUUUAGCGGUCAAAGUUUCAUUUUAAAUUGGGGCCAUUUUUUUUGUUUGUUUCUUCAGUUUUCGAGGUGCUGUAUAGUGAACUGGUCCAAUAUGUUAAAUUCUUCUCUGAUAUUUACUUAGUA